ACCUUUUUGCCCUUCCUUGAGAAGUCAAUUUAGAGAGUCAGAGAGAUAUGGCCUCACCAAAGACAGUUUGCUACUUAAGUGUCCUCUUGGUAUUUUGCUCUAGUCUGGAAAAACAAGAUUGCUUGGAAACUCCAAAUGUAACAUCAGAGGAAUCACCCACUGAUGGAUCACAAGUUCCUUCUGGAGAAAAGCGAGAGGUGACAGCAACCCUCAUUGAGAAAGUUGGUGAAGUUGAGUUGGACGUCUAUAAUAUUCCACUUGAAGACAUACAUUACCUAAAGUUCCAUGUGAAAAGUGUAACCUACCCCAUCCUGAUCUCCAGUGUGUUAAAUGUAACAGACAUGAACAUUACUACCGAAUGCUCCUCAGACCCCAGUGCAUUCAGGUGCAGAUGUGAGGACCAGUAUAGUUGGUCAUGUGAUCAGUGUUCCUCCUAUGGGUCCUGUGGUGAGAUCGUUGAUGGUAAAAUACGUGGAUGCCUAAAUAACUAUCCUUCUGAUGGAAAGUUCUGUCAGCCAAUCACAAAUCCAAGUCCAACUACUACAGCAGAGCCAUCAACCACUUAUGGGGAAAUUAUUGAAAUUGAGUUGGACAUGACAGAUAUUUCAGCUACAUUGAUAGAUGUACUUAGGGCAAGUGUGAGUGGCCUGACCUACCCUGUCCUGAUCUCCAAUGUGUUAAGUGUAACAGAGGUGAACUUCACUACUGCAUGCUAUCCAAACAACACAUGCAGAUGUGAGGAUCAGUAUGGUUGGUCAUGUGACCAGUGUCUCUCUUAUGGGUCCUGUGACAACAUCACUGAUGACUCCUGUGGAUGUAUCAAAGCCAUUCCUUCUUAUGGACCGUUUUGUCAGCCAAUCACAAAUCUGACGGCUUGUACAACACCAUCUCCAACACCAGAAAACACACUGAACCUACAAUUUACUAUGGCUAUCACCUUUGACUCUAACUUCAAUGAUGAAAAUAAUGCAAUGUUCAAAGAUAUUGAUCAAACUAUCAAAGUCAUAUAUAAGAGAAACAUGCGAGGCUUCAUAUCAGCAAAGUUAAAUAGGUUCAAGAGUGGAAGUGUUAUUGCAGAUUUUACUGUUAUAACAACAAUUGUCAAUAAUGUGGAAAUUGCAAAAGCAAAAGAGGAUAUUGUCUCAACACUUGGAGAAAAAUAUAAAAUAAGGUUUACCUGCUUGAAUAAUACGAUCUUUGGCAGUGGACAAGUGAAUGAGAUAGUUGUAGCUGACUGCAAAUUGGAUGAAGUAGGUCAAAAGACUGCUAUUUGUCAAGAAAAUGGACAUUUUUCAGUUCGGGAGAAUAACUGUGUCUUAAAAGAAAUUGAAAACCUGUUUUUUUUAUCUCAGGCUUUAGUGGGGACUGGUCUUCCAGUUUUUUUGGAAAGACUCCGCAACAGUACUUUUAACCUCCUAGGUAGAAUAGUUGCAUCACCUGCAACUAUUUCUACUAUUGUUAAUAUUCUAAAAAAUGUUGCAAAUGUGUCCCGAAGUACCCCAAUAAACAAACCAUUGAUGAAGAAUUUCCUGGAAACGGCAGGUGUACUUACUUCAAAUGGAGCAAAAGCCUCCUGGGUUGAUCUAAACAAAAACCUCAACAAAAACGAAAGCUCAGCCUUUCUGGGCACCAUUGAAACACUUUCCAAUUUCCUUACCGAUGACUUUUUUGACAUAGAAACGCCAAGGAUUAUUUUAAACAAAACCACAGUCAACAACUCAAUCAACAACUUAUUCAAUUUAAACUCAUCUGUUCUGAUAGACAUACCGGCAUCUGAAGCUUCCUUCAAUUCAAUCACCAUAAUAACAUUUGACUCCUUGGAUAAUGUUUUACCUGCGAGAAACAGUAGCAGUCUGAACAACAGUGUCAUCAGUGUCAACACCAUCAACGGAAAAGUGGUUCUGGUGAAGGUGAAUGGCACAAUCAAGAAUGUGACGUUCAGUUUUGACGUACUGGACAAGAAACUGGCCAAUCCUCAGUGUGUUUUCUGGAACUUCAACCUUUUUGACGGCCUUGGAGGAUGGGAUGAUAAAGGAUGUGAACUGCAGUCUGAAAAGAAUGCCACUGUCACCUGUCACUGUAAUCAUCUGACCUCCUUCUCCAUUUUGAUGUCGCCUUCCAUUCCAGCUGUGUUUCGAGCUUUGGAAUUUAUCACUUACAUUGGAGUUGGCAUAUCAAUGGGUUGCUUGGUUGUGUGUCUCAUCAUUGAGAUGUUGGUAUGGAAUGCUGUGACUGGAAACAACACAUCUUACAUGCGUCAUGUCUCUAUAGUGAACAUCGCCGUUUCCCUUCUGAUUGCUGACAUUUGGUUCAUUAUUGGUGGAGCAAUUUCCGAAAAUGAAAAAAAAGAUCUUGCUGCGUGUUCCACAGCAACAUUUUUCAUCCACUUUUUCUACCUGGCUCUGUUUUUCUGGAUGUUGGUCUCAGGCCUUUUGCUGCUCUACUGGACUGUCAUGGUGUUCUCUCACAUGUCUAAACCAGCAAUGUUGGCCAUCAGUUUUUCUUUGGGCUAUGGAGCUCCCCUCAUCAUUGCUGUCAUAACUAUCGCAGUGACAGCCCCAGGGAAACAAUACAUCAGAGAUAAUGAUGGGGUUUGCUGGCUCAACUGGACAGAGUCAAAGGCCCUUCUGGCUUUUGUGAUCCCUGCCCUGACCAUAGUGGUCAUCAACCUUUUGAUCCUGAUUGUGGUUCUGUUCAAAAUGCUGAGGAGAGGUGUGAGGGAUGUUACUCAGCCAGAUGAGAGAAAUGCUUUGGUGGUCAUCGCCAGGUGUCUGGCCAUUCUGACUCCCUUCUUUGGUACUACCUGGGGACUAGGAGUAGGAACCAUGACUACACCAAACAAUCUAGGAAUCCAUAUUGUGUUUGCAAUCUUCAAUUCAUUACAGGGUUUGUUCAUCUUGGUAUUUGGAACACUUUUGGACAAAAAGAUCCGGGAAGCUCUGACAGGAAGGUCACAAGUGUCCUCCAACCGCACAAAGACCACAAGUGCUGCAACAUCAUCGUCAGGUGGUUUGGGCUUUUUCCGGAUACGGAGGAGAAAUGUUUUCAAUGUUUCUGCAGCUCCAACAUCCGGCCCUACUGGUGCAUCAUAGACUUUCAUCAACACUUAACUCAAUGCAACAAAUGUGAUUAUAAUGAAACAAUCAAAAGGUGUUGCCGCACAUCAUCAAUUGACGCACUGGGUUAGAGUAGAUAACACCUUGAGUGUGACCUUGAAGUGACUGCCACUAAGAGCUGACCCCAACUCUCAGUGACAUCAUUAGGGGUUAUGUCUUACACAAAGCGAUUGAUUCUGAACUAUAUGGUAUUUGAACUUUUUAUCUGGAUUAUUGAGGAUUAUAUUGAAUAACAUGAUUAUUCUUUUUUUUGUGGGGUGGGGGUGUUUAAAUAAGAGUAUGACUGUGUAAAUGGAUUAAUCAGCUAACAUGAAGAAUUGAGAUUGUUCCUGAAAUAACACAUUACAUUCUCUCUUUGAAUAAUUCAAUGUUCAUUUUGUCACAAUUUGUAUUACGUUUAAUUUACAUGUAAAAGGUCAUAUGUUCUCUUGUCUAAGACAUUGCUCUUUGGAUGCUAAAGAAUAGUUGUUGAUAUCAUGGUUUAAGUCAUUAUGUGUGUAUGCAAAUUCUGAGGGAGACUAAAAAGAGGGCAAUAACGGCUUUACAUUGAGCGGAAUGUAAGAUAGGCACCGCACACACUGAUGUACAAUGCAUUUGUCCCAACCGUUGUGCUACAAUUGAGUUAUUAUUCUGUACCAAAAUAAUAACGUGUGUUGAGAAGACACAACACAGUAACAACAUUUGUGCAGACAAACUCCAUUGUAUCACAAAAAUAUAUGUUCUAUCACAAUUAUUAUGUGUCAAAUCCAUUGUAGAUCAGCUUUAUGACCUCACUUAUGAUCCAUGAUGUAUCUCGUUUUGUCUCUUCAUGUUGGCUAUUAUCAAUUUACAUGUUGCAUGCAUGCUUUGCUUUUUUAUUUAAAUAAAAUGUGGCAAACAGCA